AACGAGGUGAGUGACGUCGACGGGGAGUGAAAAGGGCUCGCCUCGCCACAGCAGAAUAAAACUCGCACUGCCGCCUGAGACUGAGACAUAGGAUGCGAUCUUUCAGGCGUCCAGAGCAGCGGAGAAAUCUGAGUAACGCCUUUAUAAGUUUAGAAGUCCUGCGCGCUGCUGGUGGCUGCAGAACAAGGAGCCCGGCAGUGAAGUUUUAUAACUGAGAAUUGGAGGAGACGCGCCAGAUCAGACUGAAAGAGAGAGAGAGAGAGAGAGAGAGAGAGAGAUUUCUAUCUCGCAGCCUCACCGGACUGCAUCCCUCUAAUUGCACCGCUGCAGAAUGAUCAUGUCUGGGAGCAGAGGGACUUUAGGCUUCCUCAUCUACGCGCUCCUGGUGCAGUGCAGCGCGUCCUCGCCGCUCAGACUGGAGACUGCGGCGUAUGAUGAAGACGGGACUUCAUUAGCAGACUUGGCCUUUGACUCAGAGCAGCUCGCACUCAGAAGCUCCCCAUCAGAGACGGACGAUGUCUACGAGAUCUAUUCUCCUUCAGAGAAAAGAAUGGAAAGACAUGCAGAUGGGAUGUUUAAUAAAGCCUACAGGCAAAAGCUGGGUCAGUUAUCAGCCCGGAAAUACCUGGCUACUCUGAUGGCAAAACGUGUAGGAGGAGGCAGUGCUAUGGAGGAGGCAGAUGCUCUGGCUAAGCGCCACUCGGACGGUGUGUUCACUGACAGCUACAGCCGCUACCGGAAGCAAAUGGCCGUGCGGAAAUAUCUGGCCGCCGUCCUCGGCAAAAGCCCUGAAGACUUAGAUUUGCACCAAUUUCUACAAGACAUAGACAUUGGGGCGGUUCCAGAUGGGGAUGAGUUUGAGGCAUUUAUGAGGAACUGUGAGCAGUUCAUUCCCAAUUUCCUGGCUUUGUGACGCAGGAGGGCAGCUUGCAGCUCGGGUGCCUUUGCUUCGACUUAAAAAAUGGCCACCAAUCUCAGAUGGCACGUUAGUGGCCCUCCAAUGCUGCACAUCACCUGCUCACACUCUUUCCAUUUCACUGGAUUACAUGACUUUCAUUCGAUUGUCACCUGGCCCACUCUAUUUUGUUUGACUUCCUGCACCAUUUCCUGUUCUGUCUUAGCCUCACUUUGUGUAGUGUGUGAUUGAUAGCCAAGUAGAAAUCAUAGGACACUCACAGUUCUGAAAUUCAUCCUGUCUGUAACGUUUGAGAGCCCCUGAAGCCUUACUUUAGAUGAAACUUAAAGAAAUUAAUCUAUUUCUUGUGUAGAUAAAUAGUAGAUUAUUUUAAAAAAUGGGAACCGCUAAAGAGAUCACUAGUAAAAUGUCCAAAAAAAAAUAAG